ACAUCACAGUGACCAUGUUUCUUUUCUCCACAGUGAAGUUAACAGAAAUUCUCUGGAGAAAAUCCUUCCACAGCUAAAAUGCCAUUUCACGUGGAACCUAUUUAAGGAAGAAAGUGUCUCACAGGAUCUAGAAGACAGAGUGUGUAAACAGAUUGAAUUUUUAAACACUGAGUUCAAAGCUACAAUGUACAACUUGUUGGCCUACAUAAAACACCAGAAAGGCCAAAACGAGGCAGCCCUGGAAUGCUUACGGCAAGCUGAGGAGUUAAUCCAGCGAGAGCACACUGACCAAGCAGAAAUCCGAAGUCUGGUCACUUGGGGAAACUAUGCCUGGGUCUACUAUCACAUGGGCAGACUCUCAGAAGCCCAGAUUUAUGUAGACAAGGUGAAACAAGUGUGCGAGAAGUUUUCAAAUCCUUACAGUAUUGAGUGUCCUGAGCUUGACUGUGAAGAAGGGUGGACACUGCUAAAGUGUGGAGGAAAGCAAAAUGAAAGGGCAAAGGUGUAUUUUGAGAAGGCUUUGGAAGAGAAACCCGACAACCCAGAAUUCACCUCUGGACUGGCCAUCGCGACCUACUGUCUGGACGAAAAACCACAGAAGCAGUUCUCUGCCGAUGUUCUGAAGCAGGCCAUGGAGCUGUGUCCUGACAAUCAGUACAUCAAAGUUCUCUUUGCCCUGAAAUUGCAGAAGGUGAACAAAGAAGCUGAAGCGGAGCUGUUGGUUGAAGAGGCCCUAGAGAAAGCUCCUUGCCAAACAGAUGUCCUUCGCGAGGCAGCGAAAUUUUAUCAAAAAAAAGGUGAUCUAGACAAAGCUAUUGAACUGUUUCGAAAGGCGUCGGAAUUCCUACCAAACAACGGCUACCUCUAUCACCAGAUUGGGUGCUGCUAUCGGGCAAAAAUCAAACAAAUUCAGAAUACAGGAGAAUCUGAAGCUAGUGAAAAUAGAGAAAAGAUUAAAGAACUAAAGAAACAAGCUAUAGACUAUUUUAUUAAAACUAUUGAGAAGAGACCAAAUUCUCUGUAUGCAUACUCUGAUCUCACUGAGCUCCUGGAAGCAGAAGAACGUUAUCAGAUACCAUUCAAUAAGGAGCUCCCUGACACUGAGAGGCAACAACACCGUCAGCACCAUUGCAACUUUCAGGAGCAUCAUGGGAAGUCUGAAGACACUGCUGUCCAACAUCAUUUAGAGGGUUUGUCCAUAAGCACAAAAUCAACUGAGAAGGAAAAGAUGAAAAACCAACUGCAGAAUAUAGCUGAAAAUCAGCUUCCACAAAAUGCGCCAAAUUAUUGGUAUCGCCAAGGAUUAAUUCACAAGCUGAAUGGAGAUCUGCUGCAGGCAGCCGAAUGUUAUGAGAAGGAACUGGGCCGCCUACUAAGGAACAGCCCUUCCGGCAUAGGCAGCAUUUUCCUGCCAGCAUCUGAGCUUGAAGAAAACAGUGAGGAAAUGGGCCAGGGAGCAGACAUCUCCAUUCUAGGAGAGCUCCCUGACCCCUGAGCUGAAACAGAGAGGAGGGAAAGGAACAGAGAGUCAGGGAGCCUGGAAUGGUGGCCAUGAUGAGGAGAGGGGUGGGAAGGCAGGGGCUCCCCAAUCUGAGCUUGCUGGGCAAGGCGGCCUUUCUUAUUGCUUUAAGGUACAUUUUUAGAGAGCUGUUGUCUCAUGUUUGUCCACCCUGUCCAUACCAGCCACACAUAUUUCUCUAGUCUGCAAAUCUUAAAACUACUUAUUAGUAGAAACAGUGCUUCAGUUCUGCGUGAUGCUGAUGAGUUCUCCGUUUGUACUCAGUUCACCAGAUAUGCCCCGCUUCUGUCCUUGUUGCUAGGAGUCAUAAUUGGUGACUGCCUAUGAACACAAUUUCAUCCUUCAUCCCAUUACCAUCUAGCCUUCUGGGCCUCCAGGAAGACUAGCUUUUGACUAACCCUGGAAAAUUCCUUAUGUCUUGCUCUUGGCUUUAGCCAUGUAUUUAUAUGUAUUCUUGAUAGUGAUACUACAAUAAAUAUGUAUUCUUGAUAACAGUGUUACAAUAAAUUUGAAAAUUUCCACUCAGGAUAGAAGUAAUCGUGUGGUUUGCAUGUGUGACUAAGAGUAAUAUUAAUUCCCAAAGUUUCUCUUGCUAGAGAUGGUGAGUAAUUGCUACAGCCAUACCAUGCUAUUCUCAACAUGUCCAUUUCAGCUCCUCCUUGAAGCUAAUACUCUCACCCUGUAGCCAGCCCAUCCUUGGGUUGUGGGAACUAUGACUCUCAUUCCAGCCCAGAGGCCUCAGCUGAGCCCAGUGCCC